AUGGAAGCGGUUCUCCAGAGACGAGUCAUGAUCACUUCCAAUUUAAUUCUGAUUGUGUCUGCGCAAGAGAAAGAAGACAGCGGUCUGGCCAUCUGUCGUCUGACUUAUGGGCAAUCUGACAGCGAAUGGUUGGAGUUCGUCCAGAAGCUAGAAGCACACAUCUCUGAUUGGGGGAUGGGUCAGACGGGCAGUGAAGCCAUCAAACCACAUUUCGAAUUCCACUGA